GUUCGCCAACCCCUUCUCGACCUUCAGCGCGCCGCGAACGGCGAAGCUGAUGGUGGUCACUCCGUGCUGAGUUCGUGGCGCAGAAACUCGCGUCGUGGCUGCAGGCAAGAUGCUUGAAGCUCUGGAAACCCAGCCCCCUGAGCCCAAAUGUGCCAAGCCCAAGAAGGAAAGGCCGUCGCCGCUUCCGGAUUCGUUCUUUUCAAAGGAGGAAAUUCCGGUGCACAACACCUUCAUUCAGUUUGACGCACCCAGCGUCGAAGAUGAAAAGACCCUUGCGACAGCUCCAGCAUGGAUAGGACCAUCCUUGCAAAGUAUCGUGCAGGCCGCCGAUUCCAAGGAGCCCGAAAAGGUCGAGCUUCCAGCGCAGGUGUUAAGCCCAGAGCUUGUGGUGCAAGAAGCACCCAGGGACCUCCCAGCAGAUCUGCCUUCGGUGGGCUCGGCGCAACAUUUCGAAGGCCUUUGCAAGCGCUGCUGCUUUUUCCCAAAAGGGCGGUGCAACAACGGCCGCAACUGCGAGUUUUGUCACUUCGAGCAUGAGAAGAGGAAACGAAAAAAGAAGAAGAAGGGCGCUUUGUCCAAGAACAAGGACUCGGAUAGUGAGGACGAUGACUCGGAUGAUAUGAAGGGUGAUUUGUCGCACCUGCCAGUAGACGACGGCGACUUCUUUGGAAGGCCACGGCCUGGCAUCAUCGGGCCCCCCAGCGUGGAGGCUGUGCCGGCGACUUGGGGUCAUUCUCAGGUCACGGGCUUAGGGCCUGCAGGGGCACCACCGAUGCCUCCACGAGGGCUGCCCCCAGUAGAAGAGCCUUUGUACCCGCUGGCGGAUCCGGCUGCCCUGCCGCCCCCCUCAGCCCUGUCACCAGCGCAGUUGGAUGCAUACUACGCUGGCAUGAGCUAUGGCGCUUGCUCCGCAGCGGCAGCUGCUGCGGCAGCCGCUGCCGCAGCGCCCUGUGAUCCAGCCGCUGCAGCGGCAGCAGCGGCGGCGGCCGCAGUGGCGACAGAUCCGUAUGCGGCCGCGGCCUACGGGGCGCCAGCCACCGCGCCGGCCACGCCGCCAUUGGGCACUGGGGCGCCGCCCAGCUAUCCCUAUGGCCCAGCGCAUUACCCACCACCGCCCCCCGUGCCAGGUUAUCCACCACCGGCUGCACCUGGGACUCCCGCGAUACCUCCUCCCUUUGCCCCGGCGCCCGGGAUGAGGAUGCCACCUCCCCGCUAAGUAGUUCGAGUCUGCUGCCAGUUACAACAACCGCCGUGGCGUGGCGUGGGGGCAGAUGUCCCCUGCGCGCGGCAAGAGAACUAUGAAAUUGCUGGGAUCCAGACCAGGGGCGUCCGU